GUGCGCCCCAACAACCGCUCCGAGGCACCCGCCGGACGAACGGCGUGCGCCGCGUGCUGGAAGCUGUAGGACGAAGCGCCGCCCGUUCGCGCGUGUAUAUAAGGAGACGCGCGGUCGGCCGCGGAAGGCAGACGGUAGGAGUGGCGGUCAUGGCGCAGCGGCGCGCACUUCGUCCUCCCGCGCUGCGGUUCGCGCUCCUGCUGCUGGUGCUCGGGCCGCCGUGCCACGAAGCGUGCCGUGGCCUGGCCCAGUACCGCGUCACUCUGGCCACCGCCUGGACGGCCAGCCGCUUCCCCAAGCACUACCCGCAGUGGAGGCCCGCCGCGCAGUGGUCGCAGCUCUUCGGCGUGAGCCACAACGCCAGCGUGCACAUUUGGCGCGAGGGUCGCCUGGCGAGCGAGGGCGUGCGCCAGUUCGCCGAGCACGGCCACGUGGGCCGGCUGAGCAGCCAGCUGGCGCAGGGCUUCGGCGGCGUGCUGGACGUUUUCCACGGGCCAGCCAUCGUCAAGGGCAGCGGGGCAUCCAACGCCGCCUUCUUCGCCGACGCACGCCAUUCCAGGGUGUCGGCCAUGUCGCGGCUGGUUCCCAGCCCGGACUGGUUCGUGGGCGUCGACGGACUCGAGCUAUGCGGGGGUGGCCGCUGGCGCGACCUGUUGCUGGUGGACGCACAUCCGCUAGACGCCGGCACCGACCGGGGCCUGACGUUCACUGCACCGCGCUGGCCCGCCCAGCCGGCAGAGAACGUCUCGCGCAUCACGGCCCGCUUGCCCAGCCAUCCGGGAGCCUCGUUCCACUACCCGCACCUCGAGAACCUGCCGCGCAUCGGCGUCUUCCAGUUCCGCAAGCUGCGCGAGUACGCCUCGCACGGGGACGCCUUGGCAGACCAGCCACACAGCCAUAGGGAGACUGCGGCGUCGGGAACGAUGGUCACCACCCACGCACCUUCCGCAGAACCCAGCAGCACCACGGGCAAACCACCGACGGACGACGGCUAUUCGUCGUGCCAGGUGUCGGGCUGGUCGGCGUGGUCGGCCUGCAGCCAGACCUGCGGCCUCGGCCAGUCGCGGCGCCAUCGGGGAAUCCUGCGCUACCCGACCAGAGGCGCCGCUCCCUGCCCGCCGCUGCACGAGCUGCGCUGGUGCGGCAGCGCCAGGACCUGUAGGAAGCCGAACACCUACUUCCGGUGGAACCGCUGAGCCCCGGCCAUGCAUUAAUCGCGCACGGCGCUUCGACGGCAACCGACAGGCUGGCUCCAGGCAGCGUUGCGUAUACCCUCUGGUCGGGCUCGCCGCGGGAGGCUGUGAUACCCAAUCGUCUUCGCUACUCGUCUCAAGGUUCCUGGAUGAGUUACUUGUCCAGCACGUUCGCCACUUCGGGACUGUCCGAAGCGAAACGAUGUCUAGUCGCACGCCUCGUCGCCACAUAGAGCUGGCAAGUAGGUGUAGUAAAACGAAAUUUUGGAUCAGCCUCAGCUAGCGGUCGGCAAUUCAUAGCAUGCCCCGGAGACCAUUUGUCUGGAAGCGUUGGCCCCCCGCCAGAGCAAACGCGAUUUUCACACGUUCCGAAGAAACGCGACUGGAUCGCGCGUGCGCAUUUGCCGGUUUAAAUAGAUUUGGAAUGUUUGGUAGUAAAAUCGCAGCUCCACAACUCUAUUAAGGAGACGAGCUUCGUUCCCUUCGUAUCUGAGUAACGUCAGAACAAGAUUAAUUUCAGUUCUACGUUGUGUAUACAAACAACCAUCCGGUUUAUAUUUAACGAUUUGUUCCCGUUGCAGCGUAAUCGUGAACAGCGAACAUAUUAAACACAUUCUGAAUGACACAAGUACAGCUCUCUCUUACUGUGACAUCAUCUAUGAAGGCCGAAGCUCCAAUUGAAAACCAUGCUUUGCGAAAAUGAUGAUAGCUCUAGGCAUCGUCCAGUGAAAUUUAGGGGCGGUCGGUUUGGCCUUCCGGUGCGACCUCGCAGCUAAAGGGAGUAUGCGGGCCUUCUGUAGGAAGUACUGACACAUUCGGCAUAGACACGCCUGCAUUGCCGUCUCUCUGUCACCCCCUGUCCUUUUUCAUAAUUCACAAGUGCGCUUCUUUGCAUUGCGCAUUUACCGCGAUCAACGGCGGCACGGGUCGCGGUUCAGUGCUGGCUGCACAUGUUGGCUCUUGUCUCUUGGGCAUCACUUGAGCCACGUUUACAUUUUCCAGGUCGUAUAAGAAAAGCAAAUCGUGCUCGUGCGCACCGAUUGCAAAAGUUGUUAUGCCGCCAAUAAUUUGACAAUCUGCCUCGCAGGAAAUCUAGCUUUACAAUUAAGAAUUAUGAUUUACAUUUACGGGUUUUUUUUUUUUUUUUCGGAACCAAAAUAAGCAGAAGUCGCUUCACAUUUCGUGAAAUCGUCACCUUUCUUUUUUCCCGUAUCUCAUACCGUGCGUUCACAUAAAGGCAGGAUAAGUGCUUACAUAUUUCAGCAUCGCAAAAGAAUAACAAAUAAGCGGAGCGCUUUCGGACGACCGCUGCAUCGCCGUGUGCACACGAUCAUUGUUUCGACACAGCGUGUGCACUUCGCCACAUAGCACACCGGUGCAUAGUGAAGCCAGCUUGCCGCCAACGUCCAGUCCUUACUGAUGCGGACAUUUCUCGGACAACGCAAAAUAGCCGCCUGUGAACUUGGGAGCUAUAUAAUCCACUACACCAACGCAUGUAACUACUUUUAACGAUCACCCCUCCCCCUUCUCCAUACCCGACCCUACUUUUUCUUUUUCCUUCACAGAACACUAGUAAACACCGAAUCGCAGGCAGUUAACGUCCUCCUCCGCUAGGCGUCUGCCAUGAUGAACCUGAUCGCAUUAAUAAAUAGCAUUGAAUAAACA